CCGGCCCCAGCGCUUGCGGGUCCCCGCGGGGCGAUGGGUUGAUGGGCUUGGGGGGACGCAGGAUGCGGAGGGCGUCCGCGAGCCUCCCGCUGCCGCUGCUGCUGUGGCUGCUCCUGGCGCCCGAGGCUGGGGGUGCUCCCGGCUGCCCCGUCCCCAUCCGCAGUUGCAAGUGCUCUGGGGAGCGGCCCAAGGGACUGGGCAGCGGCGCCCCCAACCUGGCGCGCAGAAGGGUGGUGUGCGGUGGCGGAGACCUCCCGGAGCCUCCCGAGCCCAGCCUGCUGCCCAACGGCACCGUUACCCUGCUCUUGAGUAACAACAAGAUCACUGUGCUCCGCAAUGGCUCCUUCCUGGGACUGUCUCUCCUGGAAAAGCUGGACCUGAGGAACAAUGUCAUCAGUAUGGUGCAGCCUGGAGCCUUCUUAGGCCUGGGGGAACUGAAGCGCUUAGAUCUCUCCAACAACCGGAUUGGCUGUCUCACCUCCGAGACCUUCCUAGGCCUCCCCAGGCUUCUGAGACUAAAUAUAUCUGGAAACAUCUUCUCCAGUCUGCAACCUGGGGUCUUUGAUGAACUACCAGCCCUUAAAGUGGUGGACUUGGGCACUGAGUUCCUGACCUGUGACUGUCACCUGCGCUGGCUGCUUCCCUGGGCUCGGAAUCACUCCCUGCAGCUGUCAGAGCACACACUCUGUGCCUACCCCAGCUCCCUGCAUGCCCAGGCCCUGGGUAGCCUUCAGGAGUCCCAGCUGUGCUGUGAGGGGGCGCUGGAGCUGCACACACACCAUCUCAUUCCAUCGCUGCGACAAGUGGUGUUCCAAGGUGACCGGCUGCCCUUCCAGUGCUCUGCCAGCUACCUGGGCAAUGACACACGCAUUCGCUGGUACCACAAUCGGGCCCCAGUGGAGGGGGAUGAGCAGGCAGGCAUCGUCCUAGCCCAGAGCCUUAUCCAUGACUGCACCUUCAUCACCAGCGAGCUGACCUUGUCUCACAUCAGCGUCUGGGCCUCAGGAGAAUGGGAAUGCUUGGUGUCCACGGCCCAGGGCAACACCAGCAAGAAGGUGGAGAUUGUGGUGCUGGAGACCUCCGCCUCCUACUGCCCAGCUGAGCGUGUGGCCAACAACCGCGGGGACUUCAGGUGGCCUCGAACUCUAGCUGGUAUUACAGCCUACCAGUCCUGCCUACAGUAUCCCUUCACCUCAGUGCCCCUGAGUGGGGGUGCCCCAGGUACCCGAGCCUCUCGCCGGUGUGACCGAGCUGGCCGUUGGGAGCCAGGGGACUACUCCCAUUGUUUGUACACCAAUGACAUCACCCGAGUGCUCUACACCUUUGUGCUGAUGCCCAUCAAUGCCUCCAAUGCACUAACCCUGGCCCACCAACUGAGAGUAUACACAGCUGAGGCUGCCAGCUUUUCAGACAUGAUGGAUGUGGUCUAUGUGGCUCAGAUGAUUCAGAAAUUUUUGGGUUACGUAGACCAAAUCAAAGAGCUGGUGGAGGUGAUGGUGGACAUGGCCAGCAACCUGAUGCUGGUGGACGAGCACCUGCUCUGGCUGGCCCAGCGUGAAGACAAGGCCUGCAGUGGCAUUGUGGGUGCCCUGGAGCGCAUUGGGAGUGCUGCUCUCAGCCCCCAUGCUCAGCACAUCUCUGUGAACUCGAGAAAUGUGGCCCUAGAGGCCUACCUCAUCAAGCCACACAGCUAUGUGGGCCUGACCUGCACAGCCUUCCAAAGGAAGGAGGCAGGCAUGUCAGGCGUACAGCUGGGCAGCCCUGGCCAGAAUGCCCCACCUGAGCCUGAGCCCCCAGCUGACCAGCAGCUGCGCUUCCGCUGCACCACGGGGAGACCCAACAUUUCUCUGUCAUCUUUCCACAUCAAGAACAGUGUGGCUCUGGGUUCCAUCCAGCUGCCCCCCAGCCUAUUCUCAUCCCUUCCGGCUGCCCUGGCUCCCCCAGUUCCCCCAGACUGCACCCUGCAACUGCUUGUCUUCCGAAAUGGCCGCCUCUUCCGAAGCCAUGGCAACACCUCUCGCCCCGGAGCCACUGGGCCUGGCAAGAGGCGCGGAGUGGCCACACCUGUGAUCUUUGCAGGAACCAGUGGCUGUGGCGUGGGAAACCUGACAGAGCCAGUGGCUGUUUCACUGCGGCACUGGGCCGAGGGGGCUGACCCCAUGGCAGCCUGGUGGAGCCAGGAGGGGUCUGGGGGCUGGAGUUCUGAAGGCUGCCAGCUCCGCUCCAGCCAGCCCAAUGUCAGCUCCCUGCACUGCCAGCACUUGGGCAACAUGGCUGUGCUCAUGGAGCUGAAUGCUUUCCCCAGGGAAGCAGGGGGCUCUGGGGCCAGCCUGCAUCCUGUCGUUUAUCCCUGCACCGCCCUGCUGCUGCUCUGCCUCUUCUCCACCAUCAUCACCUACAUUCUCAACCACAGCUCCAUCCACGUGUCCCGGAAGGGCUGGCACAUGCUGCUGAACCUAUGUUUCCACAUGGCCAUGACCUCUGCUGUCUUUGCGGGGGGCAUCACACUUACCAACUACCAGAUGGUCUGCCAGGCGGUGGGCAUUACUCUGCACUACUCUUCCUUGUCCACACUGCUGUGGAUGGGGGUGAAGGCUCGAGUCCUGCACAAGGAGCUGACCUGGAGGGUACCUCCUCCGCAAGAAGGGGACUCCACCCUGCCUGCUCCCCGCCCCAUGCUCCGGUUUUAUUUGAUCGCUGGAGGAAUCCCACUCAUCAUCUGUGGCAUCACAGCUGCUGUCAAUAUCCACAACUACCGAGACCACAGUCCCUACUGCUGGCUGGUGUGGCGGCCGAGCCUGGGUGCCUUCUACAUCCCGGUGGCUUUGAUUCUGCUGAUCACCUGGAUCUACUUUCUGUGUGCUGGGCUGCACCUACGGGGUCCUCUGGCGCAGAGCCCGAAGGCGGGCAACAGCCGGCUCUCCUUGGAGCCGGGGGAGGAGCCGAGAGGUCCCACCAGGCUCAGGAGCAGCGGCGCCCUGCUGAGUGACUCGGGUUCCCUCCUGGCUGCGGGGAGUGCUGGAGUGGUGACUCCCGGGCCCCCAGAGGACGGCGACAGCCUCUAUUCCCCAGGGGUCCAGCUGGGGGCGCUGAUGACCACGCAUUUCCUGUACCUGGCUAUGUGGGCCUGCGGGGCCCUGGCCGUGUCCCAGCGCUGGCUGCCCCGCGUGGUGUGCAGCUGUCUGUACGGGGUGGCGGCCUCCGCGCUGGGUCUCUUCGUCUUCACGCAUCACUGUGCCAGGCGCAGGGACGUGAGGGCCUCCUGGCGCGCCUGCUGUCCCCCGGCCUCAGCCUCGGGCUCGCACGCCCCGGGCCGGGCCCUGCCCACCGCCCACGAGGACGGCUCCCCAGUGUUGGGGGACGGGCCGGCUUCCCUCAAGUCCUCCCCGAGCGGCAGCGGAGGCCCUACGCCGGCGCCGGGUCCCUGCAAACUCACCAACCUGCAGCUGGCCCAGAGUCAGGGGUGCGACGCGGGGCUGGCGGCCCGCGGCGCGGCGGAGCCGGAGCCCCCCGGCCCGCGGGGGAGCCUGGCUCCCCGACACCCCAACAACGUGCACCACGGGCGCCGCGCGCACAAGAGCCGGGCCAAGGGGCACCGCGCGGGGGAGGUCGGCGGCCGGAGCCGGCUGAAGGCCUUGCGCGCGGGCGCGGCGCCCGGGGCGCCCGAGCCGCCGUCCAGCGAGAGCAGCAGCCUGCGCCACAGUCCGUCCGACAGCGGCCCGGGCGGCAGCCUCCCGCUGGAGGCCGAGCCCAUGCUCACGCCGUCGGAGGGCAGCGACACGAGCGCGCCGCUCCCCGAGGCCGCGCGGCCGGGCCAGCGCCGCUGCGCCAGCCGCGACAACCUCCGGGGCGGCGCGCCCGACAAGGACAGCAAGCGCCGCUCGUACCCGCUCAACGGCGCCCCGAAGGGGGGCAAGUACGACGACCCCGGGGCCGCCGAGGCUGCCGGGGGCGGCUGCAUGAAGACCGGCCUCUGGAAGAGCGAGACCACCGUCUAGGGCAGGGUGGGCGGGCGACGCAGUGGGGCAGGCCGGCCGCUCCUCCGCGGCGCCGGCGGAGACGAGCGCCGUCCCGGUAAGGCACGGCGGAGGCCGCACCCCGCCCGCCCGCCACCGGCUGUGGGGCAGGGGCAGGGGCUGCCACGUGCCAGGCGCGCCGACCCGGAGGCAGCGACAGGCAAUCCAGAAACACGCAAGAUCCACAUCCGACCGCCAACUUCUCCGGUGUCCUCCCAAGGAGAGGAGAAGUCCUGACUGCGGAGUGGCCCACAAACAGAGCGGAAGAGCCAGCCCAGGCAGGGCGGACUCCUCCCUCAGUGCUCCCCGCACUCUGGUCCACACUGCCUUAAGGGGAGCCGGGACUGCCCUCUCUCCUUACGGUCCUGGCAGGUGAGCCAGGUGUCAGGCCCAGGGGAGUAACAGGUGCUGCUUUUCAGAUUAACCAUGCAAGGAGAGUGGGGUGGGGCGGCAAGAGAGGCAGCUCUGGAGAACUGGUCCUGUGGGAAGGGCGCAGUUAAGGGCACCACUCCCGGGAAGCGGGACAAAAACCUUCCUUGCAACUGAGAUGGGCCUCGCGACAAAGCCCAAACCCACACCUGAGAAGCUGCCGAGCCAGGUGCCUGACAAGCCGAAGGAGCUGGGACUUGGAUCUGGGCAGUACCUGAAAACAACAUUCUGGAAGAGUGGCUCUACCCUAAUGGCAGGUAGGGUUUGGAAAGGCACUUAAAUGCUCAAUUUUAAGAGCCAUCUGCCAUCUGGUCUCAGCCUCCCAACUCCCAAGGGACCAAGGAAGAGCACCUCCUUGCCUCCGUGAGGCCAUAUAGAAGCAACCCUAUAAUCUGAUCUAACUCCACUGUAGGGAGAAAACGUCAACAUGUCAAACCAGACUUCCAGCUCACAGAGCCCAAGCUAAGCCCUAGGCCAACAGCUAGGGUUCCUGCUGCUCACCAAGAGGCCUCUGUCUUCACUACUCUAAAACCCCAGCACCAACCAGUAUUUUUCCCUAUCUAAAAGCAAUCCCCAGACUUUCACUAUAGGGCUGCAUGGAAGUACAGGGAACCUUGGGCCUCUGAAGAGCAACGGGGAGCCCAAAUCUGGCCCGGGUCCCUCUCAAUCUUCAUGUCACCCUCACGUGGUCAGGUGGAAGAGAGCUGCAGGGAGGGGAGAAACCAUGUUCUUCGAGAUCAGCCCUGUUAUUUAUGCUUGCUGCACAGACGAUAUUAGAAGAAAAAAUGCUUUGUAUUAUUCUUCCACAUAUGCUGGCUGCUGUUUACAUACCCCGCCUAUGCCUUAGCACUGGAGAGCUUUUUGCAAUACGCUGGGGAAAGGGGAGGGAGGGAAUGAAAAGUGCCAAAGAAAACAUGUUUUUAAAAAGCUUGGGUUUUAUACAAUAGAAAUGUUUUCUAGAAGAUGCCUCUUGUUUUAAUAUAUUAAAGUUUUGCAAAGCCCUUUGA